ACAACUAACAAAAUGUAAAAGUAGGAUAUUAUUACACUAAGUGUGCCAGGAAAAGCAUAUUCAAUUAAAUAUACAUCAAAUUUAGAAAAAUAGACUGUCACAAUUUGUUAUAGUGUUUGUCGAAAAGUAUUUCGAUAACAUUUUCUGUGGACGUUUCUGCUAUUCUCUCUUUCUUUUAAGCAUUUUAAGCACUUUGCAUGCUGUCCCAAUCCUUUUUGUAAUUUUGUAUUUAUUGGACUGUAAGAAACAUAUUACAUUUUCCUAGUUAAGCCUACUUUACGUGGAUACAAUUAUGUCAUCAUGAAUAUUAUGUGUGGCAGUGUGUGCGCGCGGUGCUCCGUCAGAAGAGUUCCCGCUGCAGCGCCACAACAUCCUCCCUCUCCCAGGAACAACACAGAGGAACAGGAGGAUGCUUCAUGAGCGGAUCUCACAGCUCAAAUCUCUUCAGUGUCGAUAGACACGGGACCGAGGAGGGUUAAAAAAGAGCGACAUGUUGCCUGAACACCAUACCGAGGAGCGGAAGAGGACGAAUCUCCGGUGAAGCUCCAAACACUGUCGGUGUUCCGCGGGGGGAUACACGGGGACCAGGAGCACAAAGUGUGGGGGAAAUGUUCAAAGUUCCGCCGUGUGAACGCCCGCAAAGCGUCGUCCCGUAACACCUGCAGAACAUGGGCAUGAAUUGAACGAAGCAUGCAUGUCGUUUGGGAUAUAUCUGUGAUUCUGCAAACAUUCAUCAUCUGCACGUCAUCAGCUCAGCCUAUUACAUCCAAGCUUGAUGCGAAUUGGUGGGCGUACAAGGACGUGGUGCAGGGCAGCUUUGUUCCAGUCCCAUCCUUCUGGGGUCUGGUGCACUCGGCCUGGAACCUGUGCUCCAUAGGGAAGAGACAGUCGCCCAUCGACAUCGAGACCAGCCACAUGAUCUUUGACCCCUACCUGACCCCUCUGAGGCUCAACACUGGAGGACGCAAGAUGGGAGGAACCAUGUACAACACUGGGAAGCAUGUGUCAUUACGGCCGGACAAAGCCCACCUGGUGAACAUCUCCGGGGGCCCACUGGGUUACAGCUACAGGCUGGAGGAGGUCCGCCUCCAUUUUGGGAGCGAGGACUCCCAGGGUUCAGAGCAUCUUCUCAACGGACAGGGUUUUCCAGGAGAGGUCCAGCUGAUCCAUUAUAACCAGGAUCUGUAUGCCAACUACACGGAGGCAGCUAAGAGCCCCCAUGGUAUCGCUGUGGUCUCCAUCUUCAUAAAGCUCUCUGAAAUCCCCAACGCCUUCCUCAACCGCAUGCUGAACAGAGACACCAUCACCAGAAUCAACUAUAAACAUGAUGCGUUCUUAUUAAUGGGCCUGAACAUAGGCGACCUUUACCCCGACACCACGCGCUACAUCACCUACGAGGGCUCCAUCACCAUCCCUCCCUGCUACGAGACUUCCACCUGGAUACUCAUCAACAAGCCUGUCUACGUCACACAGAUGCAGAUGCACUCCCUGCGCCUCCUGAGCCAGAACGAGCCCUACAAGAUCUUCAUGAGUAUGAGCGACAACACGCGCCCCCCCCAGCCCCUGCUGCAGCGCUGCAUCCGCACCAACAUCAACUUCAGCAAGCAGGGCCGCGACUGCCCCAACAACCGCGCUCUGCGCCCCCAGUACAGAGUGAAUCAGUGGCUCCUGAAGUAGAAGAUAAAAAUAUGUCAAGCUGCAGCGCCACGAGUGUCUAUUUCUCACUGCCAAGUGGAACUGGGCCUGCUGUUUGACCCUAACUGAACGGGAAGCAGAAGUGUUGCGCUGUGCUCCAGACAGCUCGACAAACUCAGCCAAGCUUUCUGAACUUCAAACCAUUUUAGUGAAGAACAGAUCGGACCAGGACUCUGACGUCUACUGUGUUUUUAUUUGUUGUGUUACCUCACAAAGACUGGAGAUUUAAAGACUCAACUCAUUUUCAGAGGGAUGGAUGUUAUCUGACGACUAAAUAACGUCCAUAUUCAAAUUCUGCCGACAUAAGGCAAUUGUGUAAAUGAUCAUCCGUUGACUGGAGGAAUUAUCACAUUUCCAUUGAUGGACUGAACCCCUGGCAACAAAGAAGCACUCGGCUGCGGUACGAUGAGAGAUAUAAAAAUGUGAUGGUUCUGAUAUCAAAUAGUAACUAAAGAAGUCAAUUUUCAAAGAGAAUGUGAAAUCAGGUUACAAGGCUGAAAGGGGAGACUGCUACUCUGAUAUUUGUACAGACCUGAACAGAUGGAUGUUAAUGGAGAUUAAAAGGGAUAGGUCACUCAUUUUGCAUGAUUUUUAAAUAUUUCACUUGUGUUUAAGAUAUUUCAUUAAAAAGUGGUGAAAAAAUU